AUGAUCAACUCUUCACAGCACAGAGAAGAAGAGACGAGUUACCUCUCUGCGUGUUUCGCAUUUAGUGAUAAAGAAAGCGAGAGCACUAACUGCGUGGCUCACGUUAAUACUUUUGUUUUUUUAAAUACAAUUUUAUCCAUCACUUCGCUGUUAGGAAACAUUUUGAUUCUUAUCGCUCUUCAAAAAGAAUCUUCUCUUCAUCCGCCAUCGAAGCUUUUAUUUCGUUGUCUUUCUUGCACGGACCUCCUGGUUGGACUUGUUUCGCAGCCGAUAUAUAUCGUUUAUCUUACUGCAAGAAAAAAUCAGACAUUGUGUCUGCUAACUGAACGUUUGGCCAACAUUUCAAGUGCGAUGUUAUGUGGAGAAUCUAUCACUGUAUUAACCGCUAUAAGUAUAGACAGACUUCUCGCCUUGUUACUGAGAUUAAGAUACAGACAAAUUGUCACUUUAAAAGGAGUUAGGUUCCUGGUGAUAAUUUCUUGGACAACGAGCACCGUAUUUGCUUUAAGUUUCUUGUGGCACAAGCUUUAUUUCUUUCUUGGUUCUUGUGCGUGGAUUGCAAUGUGUUUAGCUGUGUCUUCAUUUUGUUAUCUGAAGAUUUAUGUCGCUCUUCGUCGCCAACAAUCGCAAGUGCAACGUUUUCAGUCUCACCCUGGGGCGACCCUAAACAUAGCGUGGUACAAAAAGACUGUUUCCAGCGCUAUGUGGAUACACUUUACGCUUGUCGUUUGUUAUCUACCAUAUACUAUAACAACGGCUGUAAAUAUUUCAAACGGAGUGUCUCCAUACUGUGGUGCCACUAGCUCGAGCAUCACUGGAGUGUUUGUUUUCUUGAAUUCGACGCUGAACCCAUUUCUUUACUGUUGGAAGAUAAGAGAAGUGAGACAAGCCGUUAAAAACACAUUGAGACAUUGGUUUUGCCUAUCAUGA